CUUUCCAUCAAUGCUUUUGACUAUAACUGCCACUUGGAUCUGAUAAAGCUGCUGCGCCAGGAGGGAGAGCUGGUCAAGCUGAGAAGAGCUCGUCAGAAGAUGAGUGAACUCUUCCCACUUACUGAAGAAAUUUGGCUGGACUGGCUGAAGGAUGAGAUAAAAAUGGCUUCUGAAAGCUCGGAGCGGGAGAAGGUUUAUGAGCUGUUUGAGAGAGCUGUGAAAGACUACAUCUGUCCUGAAAUUUGGUUGGAGUACGCCCAGUAUUCGAUUGGUGGCAUUGGUCAGGAAGGAGGGAUUGAGAAAGUUCGCUCCAUAUUCGAGAGGGCGUUGACUGCAGUCGGCCUGCAUGUGACCAAGGGAACAGCUCUCUGGGAAGCAUACAGAGAGUUUGAGAAUGCCAUCCUGGAGACAGCCCAGCCAGCUCCUGGCAGUGUUCCAUCCCCUGAGCAGCAGCAGAUGCUCUGCAGCCAGCUCGAGAAGAUCCACACGCUCUUCAGGCGCCAGCUGGGGAUCCCUCUGCUAGAUAUGGAGGCUUCCUAUGCUGAAUAUGAGGAGUGGUCGGAGGAGCCGAUACCAGAAACGAUAGUGAAGAGUUACAAAAAAGCUCUACAGCAGCUGGAGAAGUAUAAACCCUAUGAAGAGGCACUGCUGGGUGCUGAAACACCAAAGUUAGCAGAGUAUCAAGCUUACAUUGACUUCGAAAUGAAGGCAGGGGAUCCAGCUCGCAUUCAGCUGAUCUAUGAGAGGGCUCUGGCUGAGAACUGCCUUGUGCCAGAUCUUUGGGCACGCUACAAUCAAUAUUUGGACCGGCAGCUGAAAGUGAAAGAAUUGGUCCUGUCUGCUCACGACCGUGCUGUGAGGAACUGUCCCUGGACUGUUGGGCUGUGGAUUAGGUACCUUCUGGCAAUGGAGAGGCACAGAGUCGAUCAUGGCACCAUUGCUGAAACUUUUGAAAAAGCUCUGAAUGCAGGUUUUAUUCAGGCAACAGACUAUGUAGAAAUCUGGCAGGCGUAUCUGGACUACCUGAGGAGACGAGUGGAUUUCACCCAAGACUCCAGUAAGGAACUGGAGGAGCUGCGGUCUGCGUUUGCACGUGCUGUGGAGUAUCUGAAACAAGAAGUAGAAGAGAGAUUCAGUGAAAGUGGAGAUCCAUCCUGCACCAUCAUGCAGAACUGGGCAAGAGUUGAGGCUCGCUUAUGUAACAACAUGCAGAAAGCCAGAGAGCUCUGGGACAACAUAAUGACUAAAGGAAAUGCCAAAUAUGCCAACAUGUGGCUGGAGUAUUACAACCUGGAAAGGGCUCACGGGGACACCCAGCACUGCAGGAAGGCCUUGCACAGAGCUGUGCAGUGCACAAGUGACUACCCUGAGCAUGUCUGUGAGGUGCUGCUCACCCUGGAGAGGAUAGAAG